AUGGUUCAUCACCGAGAGGAAGACCUGAUCGGGAUCCCUUUCCCAAACCACAGCAGCGACGUCCUCUGCAGCCUCAACGAGCAGCGGCGUGACGGUCUGCUCUGUGACGUCAUCCUCAUCGUGCGUGACCAGGAGUACCGUACCCACCGCUCCGUUCUUGCUGCCUGCAGUCAGUACUUCAAGAAGCUCUUCACGGUGGCCACCACAGACAGUGGGGACCCCCAUCACGCCUCCGCUGCCGUGUAUGAAAUUGACUUUGUGGCUCCGGAGUCCCUCACUGCCAUCCUGGAGUUCGCCUACACCUCCACCCUGACGGUAACGGCGUCCAACGUCAAAGAGAUCCUGAACGCAGCGCAGAUGCUGGAGAUCCCCUGCAUCAUCAACGUCUGCCUGGAGAUCAUGGACAGCGGGGGUGGAGGGGAAGGAGGAGGGAGGGAAGAGGAAGGUGAGGAGGAGGAAGACGAGGAGGAGGAAGACGAGGAGGAGGAGGAUGAGGAGGAGGAAGAUGUUGGGUCAAGGAAGGAUGAGCAGGAUGAGGAGGACAAUGUCAGUGAGCGGUCGCUGCAGUCGUUGGGGAGCAGGGGAGAGCAGACGCCUCCAGGAGGAGAGGACUCAACGCCUCCGAGCACCUCCACGUUCCAACGACAGUUCGAGGCGCACACCAAGCCGUCCCAGUCCCAGUCCCAGUCUCCAGACUCCAUCAGAGCCAAACAGGAGAGUAUGGAGAGUCGGGCUCUGAAGGAUUUCUCCAUCGAGUCUCUCCUCCAGGAGGGCCUGUACCCCCGCAUGUCAACACUGGACAGGAGGACCAACUUUUCUCCUCUCAUCCCAAGCUUCUACCCUUCUAUGUGGGCAGCAGAGUUCCCGGCCUUCCCCCAGCAGCUCCUGACACAUCCCCACGCAGCAGCCUCACCACAAGCCAGGCUCCCUCACACCUUCCCUGCCUCUGCACCCAUUGAGCCCCCGAGACCCCUCAAUCUUGUUGUGAAAAGAGAGAUCAUAAAAGAGGAAAUGAAAGAGGAAGUCCCACCCACUCUCCUCCAGGGUGACCUUUUGAAAGACUUUGUCACGUCAGGCUUGGGCGGCACCAUGAGAGCUGGAUCAGCAAGGUCCGAGGAACGCUCUCUGGCUCCGAUUAAGGACGAAACGGACAUCCAGUCGUACUUGAACUUCCUGAGCUCGGCUUCCCAACUAGGUACGCUGUUCCCCCCCUGGCAGCUGGAGGAGGAGAGGAAGAUGAAGCCCAAAGCUUCACAGCAGUGUCCUAUUUGCAACAAAGUCAUCCAAGGAGCUGGGAAGCUACCGCGACACAUGAGGACACAUACAGGAGAGAAACCAUACAUGUGCACUAUCUGUGAGGUGCGGUUUACGAGGCAAGACAAACUGAAGAUCCACAUGAGGAAGCACACUGGUGAGCGCCCCUACAUCUGCCUUCACUGCAACUCCAAGUUCGUCCACAACUACGACCUGAAGAACCACCUGCGCAUCCACACGGGCGUCCGUCCCUACCAGUGCGAGCACUGCUACAAAAGCUUCACGCGCUCCGACCACCUGCAUCGACACAUCAAACGCCAGAGCUGCCGCAUCUCCCGCCCCCGGAGAGGACGAAAGCCGGCUGCUUGGCGCUCGGCACCUACCAGCAGCUUCCUGUGCCCUCCUGCUGUUGCAGCCAACCGCUUGGAGGAGAAGGGCUUAAGAGCUGCAUACCACGGGGUCAAGGGUCAGGGACUCGGGGAGUUGCUCGGCCUCGGCAGCAGGAGCCUGGGAUUUAGGAGCGUGAACGGUUCGGGGAGGGAUCGCAGGGAGGAACGGCAGGCAGAGGGGAACCACGUCUCAGAGGAGGAGAAGGCUGGGAGGCAGAGGGGAGUAUUUGCCUUCGCCCUAGCUGGAGAAGAAGUGCUUACCCAUGCGCCGUUUUACGCUGCAGCCUCCGACCCUUGGACCAUGAGGCUGGAACGUGUUCCACCCAUCCCCGAGUCGGCCAAAUAAACUGUAGAAGAAAGGACGAGACGAGGAAGUCUCCUAUCUGUUCCAGGAAGUUAAAGCACCUUUUGUAAAAGUGAAAGAGGGACACCGAUUUCAAAAAGCCUGCUGAUGGGGCUGUGGGAAGGCAGAUCUUUAAAAACACAGCCGAGUUCAAAGAU